AUGUUCAUUCUCAUCAACACCGUCUACUUCAUCAACAUCGAGCUCUACUACGUCUACCACUUCCACUCCAACAACAUCAUCUACUGCAUCGACCACCAGAUCAAGUACGAGAAGUACAUCGUCUUCUACAAUAUCGACUCCAACAACUGCUUCUACAACAAGCUCCACCACUUCGGUAUCUACAUCGUCUAUUGCAUCAACGCCAAUGACUUCAAUUUCAACACCGUCCACUCCUUCCACAACAAGAUCCACUUCUAUGUCUACAAGUUCAUCUACCGAUGCCUCUUCCUCAACAACCUCAACGACACGUCUUACAUUUCCUACAGUUUCAACACCAUCCACUCCUUCUACUACAAGCUCCACUUCUCUGUCUACAAGUUCAUCUACUGCAUCUACCACUGCCUCUUCUUCAACAACCUCAACGACACGUCUUACAUUUCCUACAGUUUCAACUCCAUCCACUCCUUCCACUACAAGCUCCACUUCUCUGUCUACAAGUUCAUCUACUUCAUCUAG